AUGGGGCCGCAAAGAUCAGAAUGGACUAAGUCCAGAAGUCCAAGUGCUCGAUGCUUACUCGAAAGGCAGUUUUCGCCGGCUGAAGUUCUUCUACAGCCCAAGGUGAGCAUCACGAAUGCUGGGAAUAGAGACCUUUUUAUGCUUGUAAUGGUGGAUCCUGAUCCUCCCGGUCCACAAAUUCCCAUCUUGAGGAACAUUCUGCACUGGAUUGUAGUUAAUAUCCCAGCUCAAUCUACCAGUAAGCUCUCAUUCCAAAAGAAAUCAGGACCGCUUGAGUACAUUUAUAAUGAAUUUGCAGAUGCAUCAGAGCAAGGAGACCAUCUUGCCCCUUACUUAUCUCCUACACCAGUUCAGGGAGUCCACCGUUAUUAUUUUCUUCUCUUCAGACAGAUGGAGUCUUCUUCACCUCCAGAGUGA